GCCUCCAGUCUUCAGCGUACAGUUCCAAGCAGCAGGAUGUCUAAAGGAAGAGACUACAGCAGCCAGUCCUACUCCCCCAGCGGCACCGGACCCGCCCGCAGCUACCCGACCGCCAACAACAUCGACCCGUCGGGUAAAUCCCGCGAGAAGGAGGACAUGGUCGGACUGAAUGACAAGUUCGUCAGGCUGAUUGAUAAGGUGAAGAGCCUGGAGGACGAGAACAAGAAGCUGGACACGAAGCUGAAGAUCCUGAAGGAGCAGGAGGACUACGACGGGAAGAUCGACAACAUCGUGAGGCAGAUCGAGGACGAGCUGCAGCAGCAGAUCGACAGCUUGCUCCGCGACCAGGAGAAGCUGCAGGCGGAGCUGCGCAAGAACCAGGAGGAGGUGGAGGACACCAAGAAGAGCUACGAGGACGAGUUUCAAAAGAAAGCUGAUCUGGAGAAUGAGUUUGUCGUCAACAAAAAGGAUGUAGAUGAAGGUCACCUGGAGGCAGUGGAUCUGGCUCUGGAGCUGGAGGACCUGAUGGGAAAGCUGGACUUCCUCAGGGUUGGCUUUGAUGAGGAGAUCAAGGAGCUGGAGUCUCAAGUCCAGAACCAGACGGUGAUCCUACGUGACGACAGCAAACGGUCUCUGGACCUGGACGAGAUCAUCGAGAGCGUCAAGAAGCAGUAUGAGAACAUGGCGAACCGCUCGAGGCAGGAGGCUGAGCACUGGAACCAGAAAAAGAUGGACGCCUUGGUCUUACAUGCAGGACAGCGUGAGCAGGACGUGCGUGAUUUAAGGAGGGACAUCUCCGACGUGGUGCGCCACAUCCAGAGGCUCAAGGGCGACCUGGAAAGUCUCAUAAGAAAGGAAGAGUCCCUGAAGCAGGACAUCAACGAGGCGAGGGCAGAAGGGGACGGCAACGUGGAGAAGGCACGGGACGACAUCAGCCAGCUGAAGGAAGCCCUGAGACGGGCUAAGCAGGACUUGGCCGGGCAGAUCCGCGACCACCAGGAGCUGAUGAACCUCAAGCUGGCCCUGGACAUCGAGAUCGCCACCUACCACAAGCUGCUGGAGGGCGAGGAGCGGAGAUUUCUAAAACCCAAAACCAAUCCAAGUCCUUACUUGCACGCAGACGUUCACCUGCCAGUGAAGCCACGAGCGCCAGGACGCACCAUCAUCCCUCCAACCACCAGCAAACGGCCGACCACCACCUCUGUCCUGGCCGACGACAUUAUCCCAGCAGGCACCGUCACCCCACCAGAGGACCCCGCCUCCAAGAAGCGCCUGCUGAUCCGGGUGCAGGUGGAGGCGGGCAGGGUCGUGUCUGAAAGCUCCCAUUACACUGACGAAUGACAGUCGCUGUCAGACACCUCUCUGUCUGCAGCAUUACAGCAAAUCCACAAAAUGUGAAUUAAAUUAAGAUUAAAUUAAAUUAAAUUAAACACAUCAAGAAUCAUCAUGUAAGUUACUUUCAAAGCAGUCAUCAUUUUCCUCUGUGCGCCUUCUGGUAGCGUGAACUGUCUGACAGUUGCUUCUCGGCAGGUUGAGCGUCUUUUUCCCAGAAUCUGUGCUGGACGCUGGAGACAUUUUGUUUAUGUCGGGCUGUUUUUAAAAAAGGCUUUCUUAUCUUUGUUUGCAUUUUGAGACUUGCAGUGUUCUGUUAAACCUUUGUGAGCUAAAAGAAAACCCCCACCUAUCUAAAGAUGUAGAGGUGAGCAAUAAAAUGAGGAACUUAAAGGCGUGAAAGGUUUCUGUUCUGUCAUUCCACAUCUUGUUAAUAUCAGGCCGUACUCAGAUGUUCCUCAAACAUGGAUCUGGGGUAGCGACUACGUGCAUGAUCUGGCUUUCUUCUGAAUACCAUAAAUAAAGACACUCGUCUUUGUCUCUGUCUCAGUGGUGUUAUAUGCUGUUUUUCCCCCUGAAUUUCUUCUUCUUCUUUUACUUGUAUUUGCAUAUUUGUACCUCAGACAUGUCAAAUUAAAGACGAGGCAAUCAGAAGGCAUUGCAGAGUUUACUGUGAGGGUGACAUGUACUUUCAAUGGAUAUACAGUUAAUAAAUAAAGCAACAUGAACAAUA